GGUAACUUCGGGUUCCUUCCUUUUGUUCUCGAACUUCACUCUUUGAUUCAGCAAGGAACAGAGUUCGAGACCUGAAGAAUAACUAUUUGAUUGACAACCGUGCGAAGAACCUUAAAAGAAGUUCUCGUGGAUUAUCUCCUCUAUCAGUCUACCUAUCACCCAACGCGCACAAACAGAGCCAGGCCUGCCCACUUUUCUGCUUAACUAUCUUCCUAUCUUGGGCAAGCUGGAUUAGAUGAUAAGCUUGGGUUUGCUUCACUCUCAUUUCUAAUCAAUUAGUGAUUCCUUUUGGUAUAUAACAUAGAUUCUCCUCCUCCGGUCUCUGCCAGUAUUUCCAUUACUGGCACGAGAAAUUACUGUGAACAAAUACUCUAACCUGGCUGCGCCGACGUCAUUGUAACUCAAUGCCACAAUCGAACUUAUACUGACCGAGUGGCGAUACAACGAUAAGAUGACGAUGAGAAUGGAGAACGAACAUGCAGACCAACGGCCGGAGGAGCCAAUGACCAUUUGGGGCGCGAUGACUGCUUUGAGGAGGCACACGAGAGUUCGCAAAUCGAUUUUAACACCGGAGUCUGAGACGGCUCCAUUACUGGGCAAUGAGAGGGCACAAGAGGGGCAAAGACAUGGAGGAAAUGAGGAGACAUCAUGGGAGGGGCAUGGGGAUUUUGCGGGGCUAACAUGGUGGCAUAAACCAUCUGUAUACUGGCUCAUAUUUCCGUUCUUCCUGCUGGCUCUCGCAGUAGGUGGAAUCAUCGUACCGAAACUCAAUCUCAUCCUCGCCCUCGUAUGUCGAUCGUAUCUCGCAGAGAGAUCUUCUCAGGAUCCAAACUUCCUUUUCGCUCCUGUGUUACUCGGAUCCGAUAAUCCUCAAUGCAGAAUUCCUGAAGUACAAUCGCUGGUCACUAAGUUUAUGUUAGCUAUCACGGUCAUUACAGGAAUAUUCAGCGCCAUUAUGUCCCCAGUGCUUGGGGCUUGGUCUGAUCGACAUGGAAGAAAGAAGAUUCUGGUGAUUUCAAGCAUAGGUAGUUUCCUGACAGAAAUUGUUACCAUUCUUGCUGGGAAAUAUCCAGAUGUUGUUUCAUACAAGUGGCUGCUUGCCGGUGCCAUAUUUGACGGCCUCUGUGGUUCUUUCAUUGCGGGAAUGGCACUCACUCAUGCAUAUGCAGCAGACUGCACUGCUCCCCCUAAAAGGGCGGUAGCUUUUGCCUAUUUUCACGCCUGUUUGUUUUCUGGAAUCGCAUUUGGUCCUCUGCUUGCUGCAGCAUUACUUCGCUUAACCGAUAGCUUGCUCACGGUAUUCUAUGUAGCUCUCGGCAUACAUACCUUCUUUAUUCUUUUCUUACUCUUGGUAGUACCUGAAUCACUCACUCAAAAACGUCAACAAAUUGCUCGUGAAAAACAUGCCGUUGAAGCUCUGCUCACAGCCAACCAAACCUGGUUGGGAAAACUGACAAGAAAAAAUCCUCUUGCAACUCUCAAAGUUUUGUGGCCCACUGGUGACGGAAACACCAAACACGUCCGCGCAAAUCUUGUUCUACUUGCAACUGUCGAUACUAUUAUCUUUGGCGUUGCCAUGGGGGUCAUGACCGUCAUCAUUUAUUACUCAGGCUAUCAAUUUGGAUGGAAGACUUCUGAGACAAGUCUGUACAUGUCAGUGGUCAACAGUACUCGAGUUUUUACGCUUGUCGUUAUCCUCCCUAUUUUCAAUUACCUCGUCAGGACGAUACCUCGAAGAAGACAGCGCAGAGAGUCAGGGCUCGUCGUUCCAGAAAAUCAUUCUGGUGCUGAUUCAACUGAUCUUAUUGUUAUUCGACUUUCUAUUCUCUUUGAAAUUAUUGGAUAUUUAGGAUUCACAGUAGCCCGUAGUGGCCCGCUUUUUGUGGUAUCUGGAAUCAUGGCUUCAAUGGGUGGUGUAGGUUCUCCAACAUUACAAUCGGCAUUAACCAAGCACGUACCCCACGAUCAAAUAGGACAACUCUUAGGUGCUACAGGUUUAUUACAUGCUUUAGCGAGAGUUGUUUGCCCUACAAUCUUCAAUCUAAUUUACGCUCAAACUGUUGGUACCUAUCCACAGACAGUCUUUCUAGUCUUGACGGCAUGUUUUGUGUUGGGUUUUACUUUCAGUUGGUUUAUUCGACCUAAUGUUUCUCUUGAACUCCAAACUCCGAAACGACCAAGCUCACCAGAAAUUAUGGAUAGUGUAGAUGUUCGCAAUGACGAACAAGUUGUUGGUGUUUAAUUUAUUCUUCUUCUUCUUGUCUCAAGUACAUAUUGUAUAACAGACGUUUAUUGGUACAUACUUUGAGUUGCGCAUGAGAUACCUCGUGGUUGGAUACACGAUUUUCUUUUGUAAAGGGUGGUUUUGCAUGCUGGCGUUGGGGGUUAAGAUGGUUGACAGCACACGUAGCGACGGAUGCGCGUAUUGAUAUUUGGAUUGGAGUAUAGUACAAUCACGUAUACUCGAGCGAUUAUUUUUUGGUGGAUUUUUCAUAUUCAGUUUGCGUGAGCCACAGUAUGUGGCAUGAUAGAGGUGCAUAGCAAGAUAACAGACAAGUAGUUGAAUGAAGGCCGACGGGCUUUGCGGUUCUUAUAUUGGUGUUCAGAGAUUCGUAGGAUACACACACACACACACAUACACACAUGUAUGAUAUUUACUUCAAAUCUAAUCCAAUUUUGGUCGCA